GAGAAGGUUGGACCACAACGUGUCAUUGCUUUAUACCCAAAACUCUGCUUCGUUGAGGAGAAAAACCCUACUCUUUAUGUUCCGCAGAGAAUCCAAAUAAUAUAAGGAAUGUGUCACUUUUACUCCAUGUCUACAUGCAAUAUUAAGAGUAAUAUGGUACAGAACGAAGAGGCAGAUGAUUUACGGUGACUGACGGUUCGAGUUUAUUAUAGUUGGUUGGGUAGCAACGGCUUGUCACUUGGCGACCAAAUUGGCUUUCGCCAGAGGCAAACUUAGUCGUAGUAAGACAGCUUGGUAAAUUAAGAGCUAGCGCUGCAAAGGACUGCGGGACGUGUAGUGAAACCAUUACCAAAGUUGUAUAUUUGUGUAAGGGAAAGUGAACCUCAAUAAACUACUAUACUUUCAAAAUGACUGAAGCUGAUCCUGCAAAUGCGCAUCAACUUCCAGAUUAUUGGUUACUUUUAGGGCGCUGCAGUUAAAGGUUCAUCAUUACCCUCGUUGCUGCUGAAAGUUAUAGAACAAGAAAAUCAUCUGAAGAUGUGUAUUUGCUGAGAUGAAGUCAUCAUUAGAGUCGAACGUAGAAGAGUCUUUGGUGGAGUAUCAGAAGGGUCUCCGGGAAAGAGCAAGCAAAAGCAUCCAGCUCCUGAAGUGCGCUUUGGAAGAGAAUCCCCAUGUAGUUUCUAAUAAAUGUGAAAACCUUUCUGUGAUGACAGAUUUGGGGAUUAGCCAAGCUUCCAGUGUUUCUGAAACAGAUGAACAUGGUGCAGUCAUGGCCUGGCAAGAACUGCAACAUAGCGAUGCAGUUAACCAGCUUAUGGCCUUACUGCGUCAGCAAGAGCAAAAGAAAAUGGAGGCUGGGGAAAGGUGUACAGCCAGAAGAAAAAUGUCUCCUACAAGGCAUGUAGAACAAGAUGGCAGCGGCUUGCCUAAUGUUACUGAUCUUGUGCCAGUUAUUAAAAAUCAGUCUGAAUACAUUCAACAUCUGGAAGCUGAGGUUACAUUUUGCAAGGAGGAGUUAACUGGAAUGAAGCAAAGGAUUCUGGCUGUUGUGCUUGAAAAUGAAAAACUUCAGGAGGAAAUUAAGUCAAGGACUAUGGAGGAUACUUUAAAAGAACAAACUGUAUAUGAUAUAUCAAUCAAUGCUCAGAAUUCAUUUGCUGCAGAAAGAGAUGCUGCCGGAAAUCCAAAUGCCCAGCAGCCAGCAGUACAUGACUAUCACGUUUCUGCCAGCCACUCCCAAAUGCAAGCAGGUGCUUCUGAUUUAGAAAAAUGGCAUCUGGAAAUGGAAAAGUUGAAACACUUGUAUCAGUCACAGGUGGAGACGCUGGAAGCUCAAGUAAUCUACUUAAGAAAGGAUCUAGCUGAAUCUCAGAAGAAUUCUGAGGACCUUAAAGGUAGGCUGAGACACCAAGAAUCUCUAACAAAGAUGGAAACUUCGAAGCAUGUUGGAGGCCUUUGCUUGAAAUGUGCUCAACAUGAGGCUGUUUUAGCACAAACUCAUACAAACAUCCAUAUGCAAACUAUUGAAAGGUUAACAAAAGAAAGGGAUGAACUCCUUGAAGCACUAGCCUAUGUAAGAAGAAACCAAAAGGAGCUGGAGCAGAGAGAAUGCAAUGCAUAUGAACAAGUUAAAAAAGCUGUUGAAAUGGCAGAAGAGGCUAACCUUGAGAAAACAAUGGCACUGGUCCAGAGUGAGCAGUUACGAAAUGAGAUGAUGAGACAAAAAGAAAGACUGGAAAAGGAACUUUUGUCUCAGCAAACUAAAAUUGCACAUGCAAGGGAAACAGUCCAUGAAGAAAUGAAAAAAGAAAGAGAAGAGCUGACAUCAAAUGUGAUGUCAUUAACAAAAAAUUUAGCCAGCAUUGAAGCUCAAUUAGAAAGAAUCGUGAGGGAGAAGAGCACCCUAACUAAUCAGUUAGAAGAAACACAAUGUCGUCUAGAAUCACAAGAAAAGGAGAACAGUAAGGUGUGUGGAGAGAUGCGCUAUGAGAUGAAUCAAGCCAAAAUGAAGAAGGAUGAGGCUGAGAAGGAACUCAGAGAAUAUAGAAUAAAAACUAUGCAGGAGUUUGAAAUAAAAGAUCAGGUUAUUGAAAAACUAGGACUGGAAAUGAGUGAAGCCAAGCGACGCUUGGAAUGUGCCCAGCAGGAUGCAGCAAAAGCCAAGGAUGAAUGUCUGAGACUGACAGAACUGCUGGGUAAAUCUGAGCACCAACUGCACCUCACCAGGUUAGAGAAGGAAAGUGUUGUUCGUAGCCAUAGUGAUGAUGUGAAGGCCCUGGCCCUCCAGGCCCAACAUGGACAACAGGAGCUGACACAGAAGAUACAGCAAAUGGAAUCUCAGCAUGACAAGGCUGUUAAUGAACUGGAUUUAUUGAUAACAUCCCAGAAUGCACUGAUCAACAAACUGAAAGAAGAAUGUCAAGUACUUGCUGAAAAGAUGGAAACGAUCACAGAAAAAAAUAGAUCUGAAAUCGAUCACCUUAGUCAAGAAAAUGAGCACUUGAUGGAAAGACUAGAGAAGCUUCAGGAAAGGAAUGAUGAAAUGACUGAACAGUGCAUCCAGCAUGGACGAAUGCAUGAGCGAAUGAAGCAGAGGUUGCACCAGCUGGAUAAGCAUUGCCAAACCAGUGCACAGCAAAUAGUAGAGCUGCUUAAUAAACAAAACCAGCUUUUGAAAGAGAAACAGAUGCUUGCUAAAGAGGUCCAUUUUGUAAAAACUCAGCUACCUAUUUAAUUGAGUUCUGCAAGACAUCCUGUUCAGCGAGAGAAUAUUUGAAGAUCACAGACAUGGCUUUGAAGGAAGAGAACACUGAAAAGAGGAUAGUAAUGGAUGACUUCACUGCUGAUGAAUGCAAACUAUUAUAAUUAAGCAUUUGUAUUUUAAGCACUGUAACUGGUGGAUAAAUACAUAAUGCACACCCCCACCCCUC